CCUUUGAUCUCCCACUCGCAGCUGCUCUGCAUAACAACAACUAAAAGGCUAUUGCGUCACUUGCGGGCAAGUUAUAGUUAAGUUUUUUUCCCUGAACUAUAGCCUCCAGAGGCAGUAGCAUCCCCGUUUUAGUCAAUGCAAUAAGGAGAGAGAGAGAGAAAGGGAGAGAAAGAAAAAGAGAGAGAGAGAGAGAGAAGCCCCAGCAAUGGAACAUCAGCUGCUAUGCUGCGAGGGAGAGACGAUCAGAAGGGCCUACAAGGAUCUCAAUUUAAUCAAUGAUCGCGUCCUGCAGACCAUGCUCAGAAGCGAAGAGAACUGUCUGCCCUCCCUAAGCUAUUUUAAGUGCGUCCAAAAAGAGAUUAUGCCCUCCAUGAGGAAGAUCGUUGCGACUUGGAUGCUGGAGGUUUGCGAAGAACAGAAGUGUGAAGAGGAGGUGUUCCCGAUUGCCAUGAAUUAUUUGGACCGGUAUCUUUCGAUCGAGCAGAUGAAGAAGAAUCACUUGCAACUACUGGGGGCAACUUGCAUGUUUCUGGCGUCGAAAAUGAAAGAAACGAUCCCCUUAACAGCAGAGAAACUCUGCAUUUAUACUGACAAUUCCAUCCGACCCGAGGAGUUACUGCAAAUGGAGCUGCUUGUUCUCAACAAACUGAAGUGGGAUCUAGCCUCUGUGACCCCCCAUGAUUUCAUUGAACACUUCCUCAGCAAGCUACCCAUCCCCAAGGACAGCAAACAGAUCAUCCGCAAACACGCACAGACUUUUGUGGCUCUCUGUGCUACAGACGUCAAAUUUAUAUCGAAUCCACCCUCCAUGAUUGCCGCUGGCAGUGUGGCUGCAGCAGUUCAUGGCCUCCACUUGGGCAAUAGCAACAGUUUUCUUUCCUAUCAGUCCCUCACAGACUUCCUAUCACAAAUCAUCAAGUGUGACCCGGAUUGUUUACGGGCCUGUCAAGAACAGAUUGAGUCACUCCUCGAGACGAGCCUUCGCCAGGUACAACACAGCAGCAUAUCCCCGGAAACAAAGACUGUAGAGGAUGAACUGGACCUCUCCUGCACACCGACUGAUGUGCGAGAUGUGAACCUAUGAUGAUUGACGAGAGUGGUCACUGGCAGUUUGCAAGGAAAUGCUCGCUAUAUAUAAAUAUAUAUCAAAAAAAAACACCAUGACCUCCCCUCCAAUAUCUCCAGCACAUUUAUAAAAAGAAGGGAACUGCUUCCUUUUUUGCUUUCAGUGCUCGUGUCCCUUCACCAUGCAUUUAAAUAUGAAAUAGUCUGAAACUGAUUGUUUUAAAGAGCAGAAAAGAGAAGGCAUUUGCAUAGCCAAACACGUGUUAUGCUACAAAAUACAUGCAGAUUAUAUGAGACAUUAAUGAAAGUGUUUUUAUAUACAAAAAUCGUGUUUAUGCUUCUAAGUUUAUAAUAAUAGAAAAUAGAAAAUGUCUUUGGGGAGGUAAUAGAUUUGAUUUCUUUGAGUGCGAAUGAACCAUUUUUAAUGUAGAAGAGGGUUUUGGGUAGUAAUGAUUUAAUCUUUUUUUCUAUUUAAAAAAAAAAGGAAAAAAGUGAGGAAAAAAUGCAUAGCUUCUACUGCGAUCUAGGCUUUUCUAUACCUGCUUGUAUAUGUGUCUAGUCACUUUAUAAUCAGUUUGUCCAGAUGUUUAUAUGAUUUUCUUAGUGCUUAUCCUCUUCACUUUAUAAAUGGUUGAUGUAACCCAUUGGUGUAUCUUAGUUAUCUGCAUUAUUAUAUCUAUUCUUUGGAGUCUGUGGAUUACCUGUGCAUAAGGCUCUCUGGGUGCCAGCUUAUAAUUGCUUGUGCAGGUCCAUUUUACUACUCGUGGCUAAGUACCUAAUUAUACACACACACACUUACUAAUACUAUAGUAUCCUUUUUUAAAGUCUUUGUGUCUUUUAAUUUUAUUGUUUUGACAGAAGAGACCUAUGUAAAUAGAAUGCUGGCUGGAGUCAACCCAUUCUGGCUAACCAGUGACAGGUUUAAUCCAUGGCCUUUGUUUUUCUUUUCUCAAACCAUUCCAUUUCAAAGCACUUUCAGUCAAUAGAUUUUUUAAAAAAAUCCUUUCUUUGUGUGGAAAUUUUUUUUAAAAAAGUUUUUUAAAAAUGGAAUGGUUUAGAAAUAUUAAGUGCUUGUGUUUGCGAGGCAAGUUACGUGGACUAUGGUGUUCGAGAGGGAAAUGGAACUUGGAUUGUGACAUUCCAGUGAAUGAUAACUACAUUCCAAAAACUGCUGGCAUCACUGACCUUUUUUUAUAUAGAAAGAACAGUGUUUAGAAAUCUUUCAUGUGCCAACUAAUUUAUAAAUGGGGCCUGUGUAGAUGUAUUCUUCAGGUUUUAUCAGCAAGCGUAGAAUGUAACCAUAUUGUUCCGGAAACUGUUUGCUUAAUUAUCCACAACAAAGGAAAAUUCUUCAUGUAAUUUAUUUAUAAGGUAAUGUAGAUCUAUUUAUUGUAAGUCUGAAGUAGAAGAAGCUUCCAGUAGAGAGACAUCAGAGUUCCAAGUGUUUGUGUCACAGAUGUAGGAUCUUAGCCCUUCUACAAAAAUGUCUUGUUCUUUCUCCACGCAGUAAAUUAAGAUUUUUUUUAAAAAAGAGACUCAAGUGCCGUAUGGUUGAUGUUCCUGUGCUGUUUGGUAUCUUUAGAAUAGCAAACGAAGAUCCUCAGAACAAGAAUUUCUAUAUGAUUGAGGGAGCAUUCGCUAUUGGUAGAUUUUCUGCAAUGACUGAUCUCAGUGUAAGAUUUUUUUUUUGUUUUCUGCACCUGUGUGUGGCAGAAAAAUCUGUUCCUGGCCAGACAUGCGUUCUGGCAAUGGUCACGAGGAGUGAGCGGACUGGACUCACUCAGCGAACUUGGAUGAAGUGGGCUAUGGUUAACUGUCACAAGUGGGGAAUAAUUAACUUUGAAAGCAGCUUGUGUUUUUUUUUUCUCUUUUAUUGACAUCGUGUUUUUGUUAAGCUUGGAAGGAUAUAUUGGCGUAGACAACCAUGCCUCCCACCCCUUGACUCCCAAACAACCAGGUGCUGAUAUAAUUCCUGUCAGGAGGCAAAAUUAUCGCUGGGCCAAGAGUUGUAAUUUGUAACUUUGGUCAAGCUUGGCAUUUUCACUUGGUGUUGGCAGGAUUAACACUUUUUUACGCAAAUUCUGCUUUAUUUUUCUCUAUGCUACACCCGAUACUCUCGAGUAUUCACCAUUAAAACCGGCUGGGAAGGAAACUUUGGGCGGAAUUUUAUGCCGGCAGGAUUUUACGGUCCUGCCAAAAUCAAUGGACUUUUGAAUGGACCCCUGCCCCCGAUGCGAUGGGGCCAUAAAAUUCUGCCCUUUAUGCUGCCUUUUCUGGAGAUGCAGGCCACAGUCUUUUGAGACCAGGUUUUUUUUUUUCCCUUUCUCUUUUAAGUUCUAUGGUCUGAUGGACAGAUGAGGCAAUGUUGGUGCUUCUGGAGUGCUAGUUCCAGAUGGAUGGGAUGAGGCAGAAAACCUGAAAAAGCUGCUGCUAUUACAUGGCCUAUGUUCAGAGUGCUAUUGGAUUGGACUCAUUAUCAUUUCUAUAUUCUUAAGUUCAGGCCCCAUUUAUAUAUCUUAUCUUUUCCCUUUCAUGAGCGCAAACAUGAAACACCAUAGUUUUAGUAGAAUUGGUCUUCUCGAAGAAGAAAAAAGAUAGUUGUCCCCAAUUUUUUUUCCCCCAGCUUUUAGGUGUUGAUAGAAAAUUUGCACAUCUUGGUAUGUACUGAUGCUAGAAAGUAGUAGAGGGGAGGAGGAGAAACUAAACUCAGUUUGAAGUUGCGGUGUGAGGAGAAUGUGGUGGAGAGAUGUUUUGUGUGAUACUGCCGUUUAUGGUGUUGAUUGUAAGAAAUGGAGUGCACACUCCUUUUUGAGCUGCUAUGGAGAAGUUCCCAGCUUGGUUUGAAAUUUAACAUUUUGCUUUUUCUCUUUUUUUUAAAAAAAAGUUUUUUUUUCUUUUUUUGUCAUUGUGUUUUGCUGCUAUUUUAUGGAUCAGUUUUUAUUACAAUGCCAUAUACUGCCAUGUUAUAGGUUUAAAUUUUCUCAUAGAAAAUUAUGAUAUUGACAUCAGUUUUUGUAGGUUUUUUUUCAUUAAUGUGAUCAGUUCUUAAUGUGAUUACUGCUCGAUUCCAAAAAAAAAAGGUUCCUGUUCACAUUACCUCAAACUACAGUUAACCAGAUUUUUUUUUUUUUACACCGGGUUUUUGUUUCAUAUAUUGCCUCAUAGUCCUGUUUUACUGAAAUGCGUUGUACAUUUAUCUGAAGGGGUUCUGUAGGAAAAUGCUACAGAAUCCAAGAGGGUCUGAUGUAUACUGUCUGAAUUUCAGGAACAUUUGCUUACCUCAAGGUCAUUUCUGCAUGUGGCAUCUCUGUUCUUCUGAACCUUCCAUUUUAUAACCACAAUGCUGCACAGAUAACGGAUGUUGGUUGUACAAGGUUGUGUACCGAAAAGGCAGUGAACUGUAUUUUUAUAUUAAAGAAGAUAAUCUGUACUGAAAGGCCAAAGGCUGAAUAGGGGUUUCACGUACCGACAAAGAUGUCUGUUUUUUUUAAAUCAAUGUUUCACAUAUUUUCAGAUGGUCACAAUCUAUAUAAAGCAUUCAAUUACAAAUUUGUACUUUUAUAUUUUACAAAAUGUCACUGUUCAUGGUCUGAAAUGCACAUUUUCACAAACAGACCUGUACUAGACAAGUUUCCAACAAAAUAAACUAGAAAUAAAAAUGUUUUGAAAACCU